AUCAGAAGUUGUAUUUGAAAUAUGAUCCACUUUUGAAAAGCUUCAAAUUGAUAUCUUAAAUAAGGCACUUGAAAAUUGUGAUGGCAAAGGAAAUUAGGACUCAUUGAACUCUGAAGUGUCGAUGCAAUAAACUGCCAAUAAAUCGCCAAGAAUGUUCAGCAGUUGAUGAAGUAAACUAAUGACUUGAAGAUUUUAAAUUUAUACGAGGAACAUUUUUAUUAGAAAUAGAAUGAAUUUCAUUUGCUCAUAUAGGAUAUUUGUGAUAUUAAUAGUCUUCAUAAAAUUCAGCACCGCACAAAAUUGCUUUGGAGGCAUAGAAUCGUUUGAAAAAACUACAGGUACUGCUUUUGGGCCAUCUGUGGGCACAUCCGUCUUACUGCAACAGCAAGAUCAGGCUCUGACAAGAGACUGUAUUAAUCUCUGCAAGCAACAAUCUCAAUGUCUUGCAUUUUCCUUGGAUUAUGCUGGAUUUCGAUGUGCAUCUUAUAAUGUCAACUCUGUAGGUAGAAGAGACGCACUGGAAGUCAGACUGAACAACAACUACUUCGAAAAAACUUGCUUUCAUGGAGUCCAAAGAUCUUUGUUCGAGAACUUGUGUGGGGAUCGCUUGUGGGCUUUUGAGCGAGUCCGGGAUGCCUUUCUUAACGGUUACGUCGAGAAAGAAGUACAGAACGUACAGACUAAGGAGGAAUGCGAGAGACUGUGUCUGACUGAGGUGAACUUCAUUUGCAGGUCUGCUGACUACGAUGAAGUGAUGAGGGUAUGCCGCAUGAGUAAAGAAGACAGGAGGUCUCAGCCACAAGCCUUCAGAGAAGUAGUGGGAAGUAAUAGGGAUUAUCUCGAGAACCAGUGCGCAGCAUCAGCUCCUACAUCAUGUCGCUACGAUAUUCGUCCUGGAUUAUCCAUCAUCUCUAUGGAUGCAUUGCAAUUUGCCUCUUCUUCAGAUGAUUGCCAAAUUCAAUGCGACAGCGAAGCCACUUUCAACUGCAGAGCCUACACUUACACCAACAACAGGUGUUUCCUAAGUGGUGAUGAUUCUGUCAGCUUGGGUCCUAUAGUACUACCAGAGAAACCCGGUGCAACUUAUGGCGAAAAGAAAUGUGUUUUAGAACAAUGUACUGGAGGAGCUUUCACCUAUGAAAAAAUGACUGGUUUUGUUCUUCGAUCAGCAGUUCAGAACUCCAUAAUGGUGAGCAAUCCGGGCAGUCUUGGGAACACUCUAGAAUGUCAGGAGUAUUGCCAAAGGGAUGGGUUGGAUUGCCCGGCUUUCUCUGUCAACUACCAAAAUAUGAGGUGCGAUAAAUUGGACAGAAAUUCCCAAGGGAGGACUCAGGAUCUCAUACCAAGGGAUGGGGAGAACUAUUUUGAGAAAAUUUGCCUCCGAGGUCCCGUGGCAACAGCUUGCAAGGAUAAAGCGUGGGCCUUCGAGCGCGUUUUGGGACACGAACUGGAGGCACAAUUGUACGACAGGACAGUGCCUUUUGUGCAGAGUCGUCGUGAUUGCGAAGAGUUGUGCCUCGAAGAAAGGAGUUUUAUCUGUAGAUCAGCACUUUAUAAUGACGACACAACAGAAUGUAAACUCAGCAGAGAGGAUCGUAGAACCUUACCAUCUUUCUACAGAAGAACCAACAACGUGAAAGUCAAUUAUCUGGAGAAUCAAUGCCUUCCAGUUCUUCAGUCUUGCCCUUAUGAAGAAACAACUGACUCUUACCCUACUUAUACCGACCACAUACAAAUGGUGGGAAUAACAUCAAAUGAAGUAUGCGAGCAGUUCUGUACACAAUUCCGCAGUUUCAAUUGCAGAUCGUAUGCUUACUACUCCAGCAACGGGCAGUGUUUCCUCAGUGGCGAUGACAGGGCCAGUGGCGGGAAUGGAGCUGUUCAAGGAAGGCCAGGACUAGUUUACAAUGAAAGGAAAUGUCCUGCUGUGACGCCACCAACAGAAGCGCCUACAACUCCAACAACAGAUGUGCCACCACCUACCCGGCAGUGUAGCCACGGUGAGAUUAUGAUGUUGGAAAAGACCACUGGCUACCAGCACUUAGGAAGCAUAAAUGUUCUGUACCGAGGAAAUCCAGACAUACCGGGUAUUAUCAACGAAUGCCGAAAAAUGUGUGAACUCAAUUAUGAGUGUCGUGCUUUUACCUUGGAUUAUGUCAAGCAAGAAUGCUACAGUGGAUCAGAAACAUCAACGACAAAACCAAAAGAGCUCGUUCCAGCAGAUAACAAAGCGUUCUUUGAAGGAAUAUGCCUGCCUUUUUACCUGGGUUGUUCCAAGCAGUGGAUGUUCGACAGAUACGUCGACAAAGAGCUGAGAGGUGUGCAACCAAGAGAUGUCAUCCGAUUGGUGUCCCGGACAAACUGCGAACGCAGGUGCCUGGAAGAAAAGAGAUUCGUUUGCAGGUCUGCUAACUAUUACAGAUUCAAUCAAGAAUGCAGGCUGUUCUCGGAGGAGCAAAGUUUUCCGCACACUCAACUCACUUAUGCGGGAGGAGUGGAUUAUUUGGAAAAUCAAUGCAAUGUCGGCACUUCUACUUGUCCAUAUACCAUUCCUGAACGAGACAUGUUUAUGGUGUAUAUCAGUAAAGCCAUCCCUGCUAUCAGUAGCUUUGAACUGUGUCGUCAGUUAUGCAUGAAAGAACAAGAUUUCAACUGUCGGUCGUACAGUUAUUUGGAACAAGGAGGUAUCAACGACUUGUGUCUACUGAGUCCCGAGAAUAGACAAACAGGACAAACCAAAGCCAUACGAUACAGAUCAAGAUCUUUGUAUGAGGAAGUAGAAUGUAGAGGACAGAUCCCUGGUACAACUCUCCCGACGCCUCCCCCUGGUUCCACAGUGACGUCACCUCCAGUAGCAUCAUCCCACUCACCACCCACGGCGCGACCACCUCCACCACCUCCCCCUGUUUCAAAUCGUUGUACGUUUGACCAAUUUACUUACGAAAAAGUUGUCAACUACAAUUUAAGAUUUGGAAGAAAAGAAAGACUGGUGACACGAAAUCCAAUUGGAGUGGUAACAGAAUGCCAAGCUCAUUGCCAAAGGCUUGGAGAACGUUGCAAGGGAUUCAUAAUCGAAUAUUCGAAGUAUCAGCAAUUCUGUUUCUGGUUAGAUGCCUAUUCAAGUGCUGCGGACAAUACUAUAUCACCCGCUCAGGAGACAGCUUACUUUGAAAAGAUAUGCCUUUCAGGUUACACAUGUGGUAAGCUUUGGACAUUUGAGAGAGUACCAGGACAUGAUUUUCACGAUGUUCCUAUUCUUGAAAUGCCAGGAGUGCCACGCCGUACAGAUUGCGAAGAUCUGUGUGUCCGGAAUGUGCCACCUUGCAAAUCGGCCACCUACGACACAUUCCGACGAAUAUGCAGGCUUUACGCGGACGACAGAAGAUCGAAGCCAUCUGCUUUUGCUCGAGAUUUACCAGAAAUGGAAUAUUUGGAAAACCAAUGUGCUUCUGAACCUGCCACUUGCGAAUACCGGACCAUCCCGGAUCAUUUCUUCCCCUAUAUAGACCGUCUAUCUAGAGCAUUCAGUCUGGCUGAUUGCCAGAGACAGUGUGAUCUCGAGGACAAGUUCGUGUGCCGAUCUCUUAAUUUUGAAACUGUGGUGAGGGAUUGUGCUCUUAGUAGUGACGACAUGAUCAGCAUGCAACACAUGUCUGAGGGUCUUAUACCAAGACCGAAUUCGAUUUACAGUGAAAAAGGAAGCUGCGAGCAAGUGAGUGUCCAGUGCAAUCAGCAAGAUAUGCUUUUGACGGUCAAUUUUGGAUCCCCAUUCCAUGGUCGCGUAUAUGCAAAAGGCAAUCCCACUCAGUGUUACAUGGUUGGUACGGGGCAGACUACGCUGCUUUUUGCAAUCUCUUUGGGUACCAGGUGCGGUACGCUUGUCGAGGGAUCUGGAAGAUACGCCAAUGAAGUGGUCAUUCAACAGCAUCCAGUGAUUGUGACAAACAGCGAUAAAACCAUUAAAGUGGUGUGCUCUUUCGAAAACCUGGACCGGACAGUGACAUUGGGAGCUCUUUUUCCUGGCGCAUCACCUGGACUAGAUGUCACGACAAGGUUCCAACUGCCUGUCACCGCCAUUGUCACCAACACUGCACCUCCCCCCAACUUGGUCAUGAGAGUUCUGGACAGAACCGGACGCGACGCCGGCGUGGUGGGGCUUGGCGACGAACUCAUGUUGAGAAUAGAGCUCAGGGAACCAGCCAGCAAUCUGGCCAUAUUUGCACGAAAUCUGUAUGCACGAAGCAAGAACGGGGAAUCCUUAUUCCUGAUAGACAGCACUGGGUGCCCUACAGACCCGAGUAUUUUCCCUGGUUUGAAUUUGGACGCUCGAGACCGGAAGUCCCUUUUCGCCAAUUUCAAGGCUUUCCGAUUUCCUUCUACAGGUCUGGUCAAUUUCGAAGUCCAAAUCCGAUUUUGCCAGGACCAGUGCAAACCCGUGCGAUGUUCUAACAAUAUGGAAUCAUUCGGUAGGAAAAAACGAGAUAUCCCAGACACAACAGCACACAGUCCAUCAUCUUCAUCAUCCAUCAACCACCACACCUCAUCCCCCCCAACAGCCAGCACGCAACGCCAGACCCACUCCAGCUCCCAUGAAUCGAAUAUUAAGCUAUCACAAUUCACACCUCACAGAUUCACCCCGCCCUUCCGAAAUGGAACCGCGUGGGCGGUCAACGUGACACAAGUGUUCGGUACCUUCAGAGUGAUUAGCUCGACUGAAUCCCCCGUUAUUAAAAAGGGGGCAUCCGAUGCAAUCAAAGUGCACGAUAAUUGGCGGAAUGUCCACACGGAUAAUUACCGUCAUAGAGGGCUGAUGAAUCGGAGCGUCACUGUCAAUGACUCCCCGAUCAAUCCCAGUCAGAGAAAUUUGAUGGAUGAGACAAAGGUGGUGCACGAAAAUGCCAACAGAUGGCGUUACCACACCGCAGAUGGGGUGGAAGACGAAUUUUCAGUUCUUCCUAGUAGAGAAAGACCUUCUUCUAGGGCAAGGCAACAGCAGAGCAGUAGACCUCCAAAUCCUUUAAGACCUUCAACUUUCACACCAAAAAUAGGGAAUAAGAAUACCAGAAACUAUUAUUCGACGCCUAAACAUACCAGCCAUUUCACAAACAAGCCAACAGACAAAAAUGAUACAUUUCAGGGUAGGGGUUAUGGUUACGGUUCCACAAGAAGGGCACAUGAACAUAGAUCUUCAACCCAGGACAAGUGGACGAAUAGGCCCGUUCCUAACAGCAGUACUCCACCCCGUAGACCAAUUCCUAAUCGGUAUUUCGCUUAUAAUACUCAUGCGCCUUCAAAUGGCAGUGGCGGUUACGGCGAUGGUAAAUGGUCCCAUUCGACUGUUAGUCCUAAUGAUAAUGUACCACCGUCUUCCCUGACCACUCCAGAGUUAGUGAUAUCUACGAUGGUACCAGUACCAGAUGAAUUGCCUUUGUCACUUGCUAUUAUGGUUGGAGAAGAUUCUGGUGUAGAUGUAUCAGGAUGGAAGUCGAAAAUGAAACAAGUGAAUCCAUUAGAGUCUUCAGCAGAUGUAGAAUCCAUUGGAAUGGUUUGCACAACUGUGACCACUAUAGCUGCUACUACAGUCACUUUGUCCGUAGCGCAUGUCCUUGGGCUCAUAGGUGCGUAUUGUUGCUACAAGUGGCAUAGGAAAAGCAAAAGAAAGAAGAUUCUUCAGAAAAGUUUGAAGCUUCCACGCCCACAACCCCCUACUGGGCCAAUGAGGAGACCUUCUGGGGGUCGACAGGAAGAACUUUUUUACGCCAAACCAGAAGUUUCAUUCCGAAAUGUGUAUGGAUCAUACGGGUCGCCACCAUGA